AUGGAGUUUAGGGAAACGAUUAGGCAGCAGCUUCAGUACGGUGAAGCAACGCCGCUCGUUAUGAGUUCCUCGAUCGCUGCAGGAUCCCAGAAUGGGGGCAUUGGUGCACGCCUUCUUCGAUCAGACUCGCGGCAGGUUCGAACGCAUGUUCACGAGCGUGUGCGGACGGACCUGAUGCCGUGGACACGCAAGCUCAGCUUCGCGGCCUCUUUCCUCGAAGUGCUGGUAGAAGCAGCUGUGCUGCUGUUGACUCGGAAUCAGCCCUGUGAUGCGCCGCUUAAGCUCUGGAUUGGUGUGCUCAUUGCGCUUCAGACGGCUUCGAUCGUUCUGCGGCUGCUCGGUUCCGUGUACAGUCGAGUGGCGCUGUUAGAGCUCCAGCCCGCCGGUUCGGAUGGCUCGGGCCUCAUCACGCAGGAGGUUUUCCGGUCCGGGCAGCGCGGCGACUUGACCGCACUGGCCGCAAGCUCUGACUUUGACGCCCCCGGCGCCACGUUUGCGGCAGAUGUGGAGGUACCGGCCUUUGCUGUGCAGCAGCCAACGCGCAUUUUACAUGCCCUGUACCUCGGUUGGAUUAUACUCGGCAGCAUCUGGCUCUCUGAGUCGCGAACUUGUCCGGGUACUGCACCGCUCCUUUUCCGCAUCUGCGUCAUUCUCGUUCUCGUGUACUUUGCUUUUCUGAUGCUGCCGCUGGUGCUGAUUACCCUCAUCAUUUGCUGUCUGCCGCUGUUUAUUCGCUUCCUGGUGAACUAUGCGGAGCGUCUUCGUCGUCAGGAGCGCGCUGCCGCACCGGAGAUUGUCGAGCAACUACCAGUUGUGCAGUUCGAUGCGAGUCAGUGCGAGGACUUUGGAUUCGAGGAAGACGGUGCGCCUAUAUGCACGAUUUGUCUCUCUCAGUACGAACCAGCGGAGGAGAUUCGCAAGCUACCGUGCGGUCACCAUUUUCAUCGCGCAUGCGUCGAUCAGUGGCUUCUCUUUUUUGACAAAAGUUGCCCACAGUGUCGGAGCGAUGUAGACGCUUCGCAGACGACCCGUCAUUGGCAGGGAAAUCAUCCGGAGCGAAUCAAUCCCGCGUCGUCCUCCGAAGAGGAAUACGUUUGA